AUGGUCCGCUUUGGGGACGAGCUGGGCGGCCGCUAUGGGGGCGCCGGCAGCGGAGAGCGGGCCCGGGGCGGUGGGGCCGGUGGUCCGGGCGGCCCGGGCCCGGGGGGACUGCAGCCCGGCCAGAGGGUUCUCUACAAGCAGUCGAUCGCGCAGCGCGCGCGUACCAUGGCGCUGUACAACCCCAUCCCAGUCAAGCAGAACUGCUUCACCGUCAACCGCUCGCUCUUCAUCUUCAGCGAGGACAACGUCGUCCGCAAAUACGCCAAGCGCAUCACCGAGUGGCCUCCGUUCGAAUACAUGAUCCUGGCCACCAUCAUCGCCAACUGCAUAGUGCUGGCCCUGGAGCAACACCUCCCCGAUGGUGAUAAGACCCCCAUGUCCGAGCGGCUGGACGACACGGAACCCUACUUCAUUGGCAUCUUUUGCUUUGAGGCGGGUAUCAAGAUCAUCGCCCUGGGCUUCGUCUUCCACAAGGGCUCCUACCUGCGCAACGGCUGGAACGUCAUGGACUUCGUGGUGGUACUUACGGGGAUCCUGGCCACGGCUGGCACUGACUUCGACCUGCGGACGCUGCGGGCUGUGCGUGUGUUAAGGCCCUUGAAGCUUGUGUCUGGGAUUCCGAGUUUGCAGGUGGUGCUCAAGUCCAUCAUGAAGGCCAUGGUCCCGCUCCUGCAGAUCGGGUUGCUUCUCUUCUUCGCUAUCCUCAUGUUCGCCAUCAUUGGACUCGAGUUCUACAUGGGCAAAUUCCACAAGGCCUGUUUCCCCAACAGCACAGAUCCGGAUCCUGUGGGAGACUUCCCCUGUGGCAAGGAGGCCCCGGCCCGACUGUGUGAGGGGGACACGGAGUGCCGGGAAUACUGGCCGGGGCCCAACUUUGGCAUCACCAACUUUGACAACAUCCUGUUUGCUGUCCUGACGGUGUUCCAGUGUAUCACCAUGGAAGGAUGGACUGACAUCCUUUACAAUACCAAUGACGCAGCUGGAAACACCUGGAACUGGCUGUACUUCAUCCCUCUCAUCAUCAUCGGGUCCUUCUUCAUGCUCAACCUGGUGCUGGGAGUGCUGUCAGGGGAGUUUGCCAAGGAACGUGAGAGGGUGGAGAACCGCCGCGCCUUCUUAAAGCUCCGCCGGCAGCAGCAGAUCGAGCGGGAACUCAAUGGGUACCUAGAGUGGAUUUUCAAGGCCGAGGAGGUCAUGCUGGCUGAGGAGGACAAGAAUGCCGAGGAAAAGUCGCCCUUGGAUGUGCUGAAGCGAGCAGCCAACAAGAAGAGCAGAAACGACCUGAUCCAUGCAGAGGAGGGUGAGGACCGCUUCGCUGACCUGGGUGCCGUUGGUUCCCCCUUCGCUCGCGCUAGCCUCAAGAGCGGGAAGAAUGAUAGCUCUUCCUACUUUCGGCGGAAGGAGAAGAUGUUCCGGUUUUUCAUUCGUCGCAUGGUGAAGGCACAGAGCUUCUACUGGGCGGUGCUGUGCGUUGUGGCGCUGAACACUCUCUGCGUGGCCAUGGUGCACUACAACCAACCACAGCGGCUCACCACUGCGCUGUAUUUUGCAGAGUUUGUUUUCCUGGGUCUCUUCCUCACAGAGAUGUCCCUGAAGAUGUAUGGCCUGGGGCCCAGAAGCUACUUCCGGUCCUCCUUCAAUUGCUUCGACUUUGGGGUCAUCGUGGGGAGCAUUUUUGAAGUGGUCUGGGCAGCCAUCCAGCCGGGAACCUCCUUUGGGAUCAGCGUGCUGCGGGCGCUCCGGUUGCUUCGCAUCUUCAAGGUUACCAAGUAUUGGAACUCCUUACGGAACCUGGUGGUGUCUCUGCUCAACUCCAUGAAGUCCAUCAUCAGCCUCCUCUUCCUGCUUUUCCUCUUCAUUGUGGUCUUUGCUCUGCUGGGAAUGCAACUGUUUGGAGGACAGUUCAACUUCCAGGAUGAGACUCCCACGACCAACUUCGAUACCUUCCCAGCUGCCAUCCUGACCGUCUUCCAGAUCCUGACUGGAGAGGACUGGAAUGCAGUGAUGUACCAUGGGAUUGAAUCACAAGGUGGAGUUAGUAAAGGCAUGUUCUCAUCCUUCUACUUCAUUGUCCUGACGCUGUUCGGAAACUACACCCUCCUCAACGUCUUCUUGGCUAUUGCAGUGGACAACCUGGCCAAUGCCCAGGAGCUGACCAAGGAUGAGGAGGAGAUGGAAGAAGCCGCCAAUCAGAAGCUUGCGCUACAAAAGGCUAAAGAAGUGGCUGAAGUCAGCCCCAUGUCUGCGGCGAACAUCUCCAUUGCAGCCAGGCAGCAGAACUCGGCCAAGGCCCGGUCUGUGUGGGAGCAGCGGGCCAGCCAGCUGCGGUUGCAGAACCUGCGGGCCAGCUGUGAGGCCCUGUACAGUGAAAUGGAUCCCGAGGAGCGGCUGCGCUUUGCCAACACGUUCCACCUGCGGCCGGACAUGAAGACCCACCUGGACCGGCCCCUGGUGGUCGAGCCCGGCCGGGAGGGCCCAAGGGAGGGCCCUGAACCUCCCCGACGGCACCACCGCCACCGUGACAAAGACAAGGCCCCAGCGCCCACAGCAGCCCCCACAGCAGCGGGCGCCGAGCAGGACAGGCCGGAGGCCCCCAAGACUGAGAACGGGGACCCAGGGACCCGGGAGGAACAACCCCGGCCGCACCGCAGCCGCAGCAAGGAGCCCACGGCCCCCCGGGACAGUCGCGGUGAGCGCCCCCGCGGCUCAGGCCCUGAGGGCAGCCGACGCCACCAUCGGCGAGGGUCCCUGGAGGAGGCGGCUGAGAAGGAACCCCGGCGGCACCACACCCACCGGCAUGGACCUGACCAGACCCGGGAGGGCGCAGGAGCCAAGGGUGAGCGGCGGGCGCGGCACCGCGGAGGGCCCCGGGCUGGCCCCAGAGAAGCCGAGAGCACAGAGGGGCCACCUCGGCGACACCGGGCCCGGCACAAGGUGCUGUCCAAACAUGGCUCCCUGGAGAAAGAGGGUGAGGACGCUGACCGGGACAAGGAGCUCCGGAACCACCAGCCCAAGGAGCUAUGCUAUGAUGUGGAGGUCAGUGGUCCACCAGACACGGGCCCUGUACACACGCUGCCUAGCACCUGUCUCCAGAAGGUGAUGGAGCAGCCAGAGGAUGCGGACAAUCAGAGGAAUGUUACUCGGAUGGGCAGUCAGCCCCCGGAGCCGAGUGCACCUCAGCUCAUGCCAGUGACGCUGACGGGUCCCCCGGGAGAGACCACCGCCAUGCCCAGUGGAAAUGUGGACCUGGAGAGCCAGGCGGAGGGCAAGAAGGAGGCUGAUGUCAACAGUGAGAUGAGGGGCGGCCCACGGCCCAUCGUUCCUUACAGCUCCAUGUUUUGUCUGAGCCCCACCAACCUGCUCCGCCGCUGCUGCCACUAUAUAGUGACCUUGCGGUACUUUGAGAUGGUCAUUCUCGUGGUCAUUGCCCUGAGCAGUAUCGCCCUGGCUGCUGAGGACCCUGUGCGCACCGACUCCCCCAGGAACAAUGUUCUGAAGUACAUGGACUACAUCUUCACAGGCGUCUUCACCUUUGAGAUGGUGAUAAAGAUGAUCGACCUGGGUCUCCUGCUGCAUCCAGGGGCCUACUUCCGGGACCUGUGGAACAUCUUGGACUUCAUUGUGGUCAGUGGCGCCCUGGUGGCGUUUGCCUUCUCAGGAUCUAAAGGGAAAGACAUCAACACCAUCAAGUCCCUGCGUGUCCUGCGUGUCCUGCGGCCCCUCAAAACCAUCAAACGGCUGCCCAAGCUCAAGGCUGUGUUUGACUGUGUGGUGAACUCCCUGAAGAACGUCCUCAACAUCCUGGUCGUCUACAUGCUCUUCAUGUUCAUCUUUGCUGUGAUCGCUGUGCAACUCUUCAAGGGCAAGUUCUUCUACUGCACCGACGAGUCCAAGGAGCUGGAGAGGGACUGCAGAGGUCAGUAUUUGGAUUAUGAAAAGGAAGAAGUGGAGGCUCAGCCACGGCAGUGGAAGAAAUACGAUUUCCACUACGACAACGUGCUCUGGGCUCUGCUGACACUGUUCACUGUGUCCACGGGAGAAGGGUGGCCCAUGGUGCUAAAGCACUCUGUGGACGCCACCUAUGAGGAACAGGGCCCGAGCCCUGGGUACCGCAUGGAGCUCUCCAUCUUCUACGUGGUCUACUUCGUGGUCUUUCCCUUCUUCUUUGUCAACAUCUUUGUGGCUUUGAUCAUCAUCACCUUCCAGGAGCAGGGGGACAAGGUGAUGUCUGAGUGCAGCCUGGAGAAGAACGAGAGGGCCUGCAUUGAUUUCGCCAUCAGCGCCAAGCCCCUGACCCGGUACAUGCCCCAGAGCAAGCAGUCCUUCCAGUACAAGACGUGGACGUUCGUGGUGUCCCCGCCCUUCGAAUACUUCAUCAUGGCCAUGAUUGCCCUCAAUACUGCCGUCCUGAUGAUGAAGUUUUAUGCUGCGCCCUACGAAUACGAGCUGAUGCUGAAGUGCCUGAACAUUGUGUUUACGUCCAUGUUCUCCAUGGAGUGCGUGCUGAAGAUCAUCGCCUUCGGCGUGCUGAACUAUUUCAGAGAUGCCUGGAACGUCUUUGACUUUGUCACGGUGUUGGGAAGUAUUACUGAUAUUUUAGUAACAGAGAUUGCGGAAACGAACAACUUCAUCAACCUCAGCUUCCUCCGCCUCUUCCGUGCUGCUCGCCUCAUCAAACUGCUCCGGCAGGGUUAUACUAUCCGCAUCCUGCUGUGGACCUUUGUCCAGUCCUUCAAGGCCCUGCCAUACGUGUGUCUGCUCAUUGCCAUGCUCUUCUUCAUCUACGCCAUCAUCGGCAUGCAGGUUUUUGGAAACAUUGCUCUAGAUGAUGAAACAAGCAUCAACCGACACAACAACUUCCGGACAUUUCUACAAGCCUUGAUGCUGUUGUUCAGGAGCGCCACGGGGGAGGCUUGGCACGAGAUCAUGCUGUCUUGUCUAAGCAACCGGGCCUGCGAUGAGCACGCCCAUGCCAGUGAGUGUGGAAGCGACUUUGCCUACUUUUACUUCGUCUCCUUCAUCUUCCUUUGUUCCUUUCUGAUGUUGAACCUCUUUGUGGCUGUGAUCAUGGACAAUUUUGAGUACCUUACGCGGGACUCUUCCAUCCUAGGGCCUCACCACCUGGACGAGUUCAUCCGGGUCUGGGCUGAGUACGACCCGGCUGCCUGUGGGCGCAUCAGUUACAAUGACAUGUUUGAGAUGCUGAAGCAUAUGUCCCCACCUCUGGGCCUGGGGAAGAAAUGCCCCGCUCGCGUGGCGUAUAAGCGCCUGGUACGCAUGAACAUGCCCAUCUCCAACGAGGACAUGACCGUUCACUUCACCUCCACGCUGAUGGCUCUCAUCCGGACUGCGCUGGAGAUCAAGCUGGCUCCAGCCGGAACGAAGCAACACCAGUGUGAUGCAGAGCUGAGGAAGGAGAUAGCCUCUGUGUGGGCCACCCUGCCCCAGAAGACCCUGGACCUGUUGGUGCCACCCCAUAGACCUGAUGAGAUGACAGUGGGAAAAGUCUACGCAGCGCUGAUGAUAUUUGACUUUUACAAACAGAACAAAACCACCAGAGACCAGAUUCACCAAGCCCCUGGAGGCCUGUCCCAGAUGGGUCCCGUACCCCUCUUCCACCCUCUGAAAGUCACCCUGGAGCAGACACAGCCAGCGGUGCUCCGAGGAGCCAGAGUUUUCCUUCGGCAGAAGAGCUCCGUCUCCCUCAGCAAUGGUGGGGCUGUACAGGCACAAGGGAGUGUCCUCAAGGAGUCCAUCUCCUGGGGCACUCAUCGGAUCCAGGGACCGUCCUCAGAAGAGCAGACACCCCUGGAGAGGGGUCGUUCUGCGGAGAUCCCUGUGGGGGAGCCAGGAAAACCGGCUGUAGAUGUCCAGAUGCAGGACAUGGCCUUGAGUGGUCCUGCCAGGGAGCCCCAGCUCGGGCUGGAGCGUCAGGGCCGAGCAGCCUCCAUGCCCCGCCUCGCAGCGGAGACACAGCCUGCCCCAGACUCCAGUCCCAUGAAGCGCUCCAUCUCCACCCUGGCCCCCCAACGGCCCCCCGGGGCCCUGCUGUGCAACGCCACCCUCGACCGGGCCCCUGCCAGCCAGGCUGCACACCAUCACCACCACCGCUGCCACCGACGCCGGGAAAGGAAGCAGAAAUCCCUGGACAAGGGAGUCAGCCUACCUACAGACCCGGAUGGUGCGUAGGGGCAGGGCCAAGCAGCAACAUGGGGUCUGUCCUGGGGAAAGGGCUCCCCGGGUCGCGAUCGCAGGCAGGAGCGAGGCCGCUCUCAGGAGCGCCGGCAGCAUUCGUCCUCGUCCUCCGAGAAGCAGCGUUUCUACUCCUGCGACCGCUUCGGCAGCCGCGAGCCAGCACCGCCCCGGCCCCCGCUGGGCAGCCAACCAACGUCGCCCACCGCCGCGCUGGAGCCAGGGCCCCCCAGACAGGGUAGUGGUUCAGUUAAUGGGAGCCCCUUGCUGUCAACAUCUGGUGCUAGCACCCCAGGCCGAGGAGGUGGGCGGAGACAGCUCCCCCAGACCCCCCUGACCCCCCGACCCAGCAUCACCUACAAGACUGCCAACUCCUCCCCCGUUCACUUCGCCGGGGGCCAGAGCAGCCUCCCCGCCUUCUCCCCGGGCCGCCUCAGCCGUGGCCUCUCGGAGCACAACGCACUGCUGCAGAGAGACGCGCUCAGCCAGCCGCUGGCGCCCAGCUCGCGCAUCGGCUCCGACCCGUACCUGGGCCAGCGCCUAGACAGCGAGGCCGCCCGGCCCGAGGACACACUCACCUUCGAGGAGGCGGCGGCCACCAACUCGGGCCGCUCCUCUAGGACUUCCUACGUGUCCUCCAUGACCUCCCAGCCGCACCCCCUCCGCCGCGUGCCCAACGGCUACCACUGCACGCUGGGGCUCAGCGCGGGCCCCGCGCCGGGCGGUCGGGCGCGCCACAGCUACCACCAUCCGGACCAAGACGACUGGUGCUAG